UUUGACUUGGUCGGGAUGCUGCCUGACAAGACCGUCCAACCGCACGGGGCUUCUGAAAAGGAGCCGCCGGAACAGUUCGAAGAGGCGCCGCCUACUUAUGAAGCAGCAGUCGAAGAACUGGUCAAGACUUUACCCGGAACCAGAGACGAUGGCCGUAUCGAUAUCCGCUUGGAUUCAGCCUUGUAUCGCCGCCUUUCUCUCCUAGUUCCUAGCGAGAAGUUAAGACGCAAGUCGGAGGCCCCGCCAGACUAUAGUGAGAGAGAUGGGAGGUCCAUCCGCCUCAACAUCGUCAUCCAAGUGGUUGGAAGCCGCGGCGAUGUCCAGCCCUUUGCCGCUCUCGGCUGUCAGCUCCUCCGCCACGGUCACCGGGUGAGGAUCGCCACGCACGGCGCCUUCAGUGACUUUGUGCGCUCUUCCGGGCUCGAGUUCUUCCCCAUCGGCGGCGAUCCCGCGGACCUGAUGGCGUACAUGGUGAAGAACCCGGGGCUUGUCCCUAGCAUGGAGAGCCUGCGCGCCGGCGACGUCCAGAAGAAGCGGAAGAUGGUGGCCGAGAUGCUCGAGGGCUGCUGGGACUCGUGCAUCGCGCCGGACCCCAUGACCGGCCGCCCCUUUGUGGCCGAGGCCAUCAUCGCGAACCCGCCUAGCUUUGCGCACGUUCACUGCUCGCAGGCGCUGGGGAUCCCGCUGCAUCUCAUGUUCACCAUGCCGUGGACGAGCACGGGCGAGUUUUGCCAUCCGCUGGCGAAUAUAGUCGGGCACAGGCGAGGGGUGUCGGCUUCUCUGGCCAACCAUGUAUCGUAUUUGGUGGUUGAGUGGAUGACAUGGCAAGGGCUGGGAGAUAUUGUGAAUACGUGGAGACAUGGCUUGGAUCUUGAGCCUAUUCCCUUCACCGAGGGGCCCCUUCUCGCUGAGACUCAAAAUAUCCCGUUCACAUAUUGCUGGUCUCCAGCUCUGAUACCUAAACCAGCUGAUUGGCCAGCACAUAUUGAUGUGUGUGGAUUCUUCUUUCGAGAGGCUCCCCAGUACACCCCAGAGCCCGAGUUGGACGCAUUCCUGAAGGCCGGACCGCCUCCUGUCUACAUCGGAUUUGGAAGCAUUGUUAUUGACAAUCCGGAGAGAUUGACUCAACUUAUCCUCGCUGCCGUUGGAGAAGUCGGCGUACGUGCCAUCAUAUCCAAGGGGUGGAGUAACCUGGGACUCGGCCAGGAGCAAAGCAGCGAUGUCUUCUUCCUGGGUGACUGCCCUCAUGAGUGGCUGUUUCAACAUGUUUCAGCAGUUGUGCACCACGGCGGUGCUGGGACGACGGCCUGCGGUCUCCUUCAUGGCCGGCCAACGACUAUCGUUCCCUUCUUCGGCGACCAACCGUUCUGGGGCCAUAUGGUGGCUGCUGCAGGCGCUGGUCCCGAGCCCAUACCACAGUUACAAUUAAACACACGGAAUCUGGCUGAGGCUAUUCGGUUUUGUCUUAGCCCGAAUGCUUUGGAGGCAGCACAGCAAAUGGCAGCGAAGAUGCGUGCUGAAUCUGGGGUGGAGCGUGCUGUGCAGUCGUUCUAUGCGAACCUACCUCUAAAGCAAAUGAGAUGCGAUGUGUUGCCAUCUCGUGCUGCUGUAUGGAAAUGUAAGAAAGGCAAAAGGCAGAUAAAACUGUCAUCAAUGGCGGUUAGUGUAUUGACGGACAACAUGAGGCUCGACUGGAAAGAAUUGAGGUCAUAUCAGAGCAAACCCAUCAACAUCCACCUCCGCAGAUGGGACCCGUUCACAGCCACCGUGUCAUCCUUGAUGAGCACGGGUACGGGAAUUGUGACAUCGACCGCGGACAUCUUCAUCAAGCCAGUCCAGGCUUUCCAGAAGCCCAAAUCGUUGAAAGGGGAUGGCGCAUCCGGUGAGACCGCCUCCGUGAGCUCUGCCAGCGAGGAUAUUUUCUGCAGGCCGGCCGGCACACCCCUGCCGCCUCCGAGAAGUGAAAGCGACGACCAUAGACACAACCCCACUGUGACAGCUCUGACGGGGGCAGCGGGUGGAGUUGGAGGUGUCUUGAAGCAUUUCUACAAGGGCAUGCUCGCCGAUCUGCCGCUCGCUGUGGCGGAGGGGAUGCGUGUUGCCCCGCGCCUCUACGGCGGAGAGGUCUACGAGCCCGGCCAGGUGACGGACUGGAAGUCUGGCGGCAUCGUGGCGGGCAAGAACUUCAGCCACGGGAUCGUCGAGGGGAUCGGCGGCCUGGUGACGGAGCCCAUGAGGGGGGCCAAGGAGGGAGGGGCGGCGGGCGCGGCGAAGGGUGCUGGCGUGGGACUGCUCAACCUUGGGACCAAGAUGAGUUCUGGCCUCGUCGGCUUGGUGGCCUUCUCGAGCCAGGGCUUGAUCAAGAGCAUGCAUUCCGUGGCCCACCGGUCGACGGGGGAAGCGAUCAAGGCGGCGAGGAAGGACGAGGUGCUCGAGAUGACGGCUUCGGGGAGGAGCGAGGAUGUGAAGCAGGUUGUUUUGCGGGACUUUGGGAGGCUGGUAAUCUUUGGAGAUGAGAGUAGGGUCUAA